UAAACCGAACACAACGACCGUUGCUCGGCGCCGAUCGCGGGUGCGCUCUCUUUUUUUUUCAUUUCCAUUUACCUCUUUUUCUCUCGUCGUUUUCUCCCCCCUCCCCAUCCCACCCCAUCCACUCCAACAUCCCAGCCGCGUUUCGCUCGCCACUCCUCCACCCGUUUCCUGUUCCGUCCACGCGCUAUCUCGAUCGUUCGCCCACCAUCUCUCUGUCCCUGUCCACAUCGCUGUCUCUCGUAACUCGUUCUGUCCGUGUCUGUCCCGCACCUACCCCGUUCCUCAAUCGGCCCGGAAGGAGACGUACCGAACAGCAUUAAGAGGAAACGGAAACGGUCGGGCCAUUUACGAUCGCGGCUUGGGCGUGUGAAUACGCUCGGACAGCGGCUGCUGCAGCUGACGACAACGCCGAAGACUUUGGACGACGCAGGUCCGACGACGUCUCGGUUGUGUGGCCGGUGGACGAGACUGUGGACGAGACGGUGGCCAGCAGCAUAUUUAAUUACGUCGUCCGCCUCACUGGUCGAUACAGACUUGGCUAAGGUCUUUCACCGCUAGGAAACUGCUGUAGCUGCAKUCCGGACGAAACGCUCAAUCUGGGCGAUAAGCAAUAUACCUGUGUGAUCGUUUGCCGAGACGGCGACCGAAUCGCGCGGACCCGUACAGAUAAGCGAUUACUUUAGCGUAAACAAUUAUAAUAAGAUGAACGAUAAUUAGCAAUAUUAUAGUGAUAACGGAACGUCUGAGUUGAAUUUUUUUUCCGCCAAAUGAAUGAACGAAAAGCAAUAUUACAUUAGACAUUUCAUAGUGUACGGUAUAUAUUAGUGUAACAACAAUCAAUACAGACGGAAUCUGCAGAGCGAUAAUCGAUUAGUGCUCAAGUCAGUCCAGAUCUGGUUUUUUUUCUUUUCUAUAUUUAUAAUAAUAGAGUAUAAUACGAGAAUAAUUUUUUCCCUCAUUAUACCGCCACGACGACGGUUCUACUCUGUCACCAUGCCCCGAUACUACGCGGUGAAGAAACUGGGACCAAAACUGAUGUUACACCAGCAACAGCAGAACCAACAGCAGCAACAGCAGCAACAGAUAAUAAUUCUGCAACAGCAACAGCACGAGGAGGCCAUGGACGAGUUGGAGGACGACGAGUGCUGCAGUUCCCGGUCUUGCACCGAGUCACCUCCACCGUUCACCGAUCCCACGUCUGUGAAACUCUACAAGCCUCUGGAAUCCGUCAACAUGUCCAAACACAAAGAUUACUUGAAGUAUUGUUACGAGCUGGAACAAAAACAAAACUUGUUUAGGGAGCGAAGCAAAGAAGAAACGGAAGCCGCUCACGACUUGCUCGAACUCUCCAGAUCGUUGCCGCCACUGCCUCCACCGAGCACGGUGACUGUCGCCGCGCCCACGCCUCCAGAGACACCCGUCGGCUCAGGGGUGGGUGACGGGUGUCCGGCGUCGCCGCAGUUUGUCUACGUGUCCACGGCGGUUGCGGGCGCACCGCUUACCCCGCCCGCUUCGGAGUACUCGUCGGACGCGGAGAAUACGCCAGCGGACGCGAGCAGCAGCACCGCCAACGCGCAGGCCGUAGUGGUGGCCACGGCCACGGCCACCACCACCGUCUACAGCCUGAUCGAUUACGUCAUCGAGAAGAGUGACGGCGGCUCGUACGAUCCGUUGCUGACUAGAGACUUGAACGUCAAGACCGGCAAGACGACAACGACGACGACGACCGCGGAACACCGCCGGUCGACCUCCACCACCACAACUACCACAACCACCCAAGUCGUGGUCGGAUGCAGUUCUGGAAACAAAGCCCGUUACACGUGCACUGACUGCGGCAAGCACUACGCGACGUCGUCAAACCUGUCGCGGCACAAGCAGACGCACCGGAGCCUGGACUCGCAGUCGGCCAAGCGGUGCAACGCGUGCGGUAAGGCGUACGUGAGCAUGCCCGCGCUCGCCAUGCACCUGCUCACUCACAAGCUGUCGCACGCUUGCGGCGUGUGCGGCAAGAUGUUCAGCCGGCCGUGGCUGCUGCAGGGCCACCUGCGGUCGCACACCGGCGAGAAGCCGUACGCAUGCGCACAGUGCGGCAAAGCGUUCGCGGACCGGUCCAACCUGCGCGCGCACAUGAUGACCCACUCGGGCGACAAGAACUUCGCGUGCCACUGGUGCCGCAAGUCGUUCGCGCUCAAGUCGUACCUGAACAAGCACCUGGAGGCGGGUUGCGCGCCGGCGGCCGCGGUGGCCGCCGCAUCGUCUCCGUCGUCGUCGUCAUCGCCGUCGUCGCCGCAACAGCCGGACGAACGGGACACGGCCACUCGGGGCGGAUAACGUCGUCAAGCGGCACCGCAGCAGCAGACGCCCCGGCGGACGUCGGUCAUACGGUUCGCCGCCGCUGCAGCCGCCGAUGCCGCCAUUUUGUUGUCGGACUAAUAUUACGACGACGAAAACCGAUCAUUGCAGCCGCUUCCGCCGCCGAAGUAACAUUUUUUUUUUUUUAAUAUUAAAAAGUUUUGAGAUUAUUUUUUUUUUUUAAUCACCCCUCGAAAGACACGGAACAGACAACUGUGACACCAAAUAUGAAAUAAUUAUAAUAUUAUUAUUUUUCUUAUUAUAACAGUGGUA